AUGGAUCAUAAUCUACUCACCGCCGAGAAAGAUGUGUUGGAAGAGUUGGUGAAGCAAGUCCAGCUUCAAGGUCUACGAGGAGAACACGGAGGAUGGAUGGAAUUUGUAGCUGUUUGCAACCAAAAAGAUAUAACACCACAUAACCUUUCCAGGGUUUCCCGUGACGUGUUGGUCGCUUUUCUCACAACCUUUAAGAAGAAAGAAGAUAUCCAGAGACUGCAACGUCGUGCCAAUAGUCUUCUAGUUGAAAAGUUGAAGCAGGAGACUCCUGAAACUAACACUCCUGAGCAUACGCUUAUUCGAUUGACCAUGAAGCAUCGGGAGUUUUCGCUCGACUAUUCUUUCCCGUCACUCUCCAAUGACUGGUUUGUAUCCGAUAUUGGAAUGAAGUCGUCGACUGUGAUGAAUUCAACAGACAUGAUGGCUGUUGACUGCGAGAUGGUUCUUUGUGAAGAUGGGACUGAAGGUCUGGUUAGAGUUGGCGCUGUAGACCGUCAUGGAAAGGUGAUUCUUGACCAAUUUGUUAAACCGGACAAACCUAUUGUUGACUAUAGGACAGCUAUUACCGGAGUUACUGCGCUUGACAUUGAAAAUGUUACCGUCUCUGUGUCAGAUAUUCAGAAAGAACUUCAGCCCUAUCUUUCUAAUGGUUUUAUUUUGGUUGGUCACAGUCUGAACAAAGACAUGAAAGUGUUGAAGAUAGAUCAUCCUAAAGUCAUUGAUACAUCACUUGUGUUCAUAUUUUCAAAUGCAAGAAAUUCAAGAAAACCUUCACUCAAUGACCUUUUCAAGGCGAUUUUCGGUAAGGAAGUAAGAAAGGAAGGUGUUUCUCAUAAUUGUGUACACGACGCAGCAGCUUCGAUAGAUAUUGCCCUUGCUUUCAUAAAGAAACCUUUUCACACAACAAUUACCCCAUCAAAAGAGAUGCUUGAAGCUGAGAAAUCAAAACUGUUUAUCCAUAGGAUCCCUUCCUAUGUGCCAUCUGAAAAACUGACCACUAUUCUCGCUGGAGAGUUUCGUUCAAGAAACUUUAAACUUGAUGUUAAGCCAGCAAAAUCGCAGGGAUGUAAUUAUUGUGCAGUUGUUGUCUUUGAUAGUUCUAAAGAAGCUGAUCAAGCUUUUGAAAACGUCAAUGGAUCCAAAGAAAGGGAUUCAUAUGGUCUGCCACAGAAGUUGUCUGCCUUAAAGCUGAGUUCGGGAUUAAGUGCUACCUGCUAUGUCCGUAAAAUGAUGCAAGAUUAA